AUGCUACGCAUUUUUUUUCUAAUUGGUGCGAGUUUGGCACUGUUGGUCCUCAGCGGUAAUCCUGUACUCAACCAGAAGAAAGCAACUGAAGAGCGGAUGAAACACUUGAUGGACAUGAAGUAUUUGAUUCCGCCAAAGGACAGUGAACGCAUUGAGAUAAAAUUGAACAAGGAUGAAGAGUUACCGGAGAAGUAUGUUGAACUACAUUAG